CCAGGACCCAGUAUGGGGGUUGGCCGGGUUCAAGGCACCGGUGGCAGGGGUGGUAACUCCCUCCUGCCACCGCCACGUCUGAACCCAGGCACGCAGAUGCCUCCACAACGCGGUGCAUCUCAGGCUGCUGCUCAUAUACCGGUGGCUGUUCCGUCACCACAGCCCCAAAUGAUGCCCCUAGCAUUGAUCCGUGCUCCUUGGAAGUCGUGGGAAACCCUCGCUGUGAGCCUCUCAAACGUCCCACCUGAGGCCAAUACGUUUGUCCUCUGGCAGGCCUUCAAAAAUGAAGGCCAUAUCUUUUCAAUUGACCUCUUUGAGGAUGCUCGCGGUCGACGAGAACACCGCGGAAAGAUCCGUUUCAAACCACCUCCGCACUCAGACUUCUGGAGAAAAGGCACGUAUACUAUCACGCUUUCUGGCGGACGGCUGGCAACCAUAUAUGUCCAUCUGGACACAGAACGCAAGAACAGUGAGAAUCCAAGCCCAGUGAGACCUGAUGUCUCCUAUCCGGCCGAGAUCAAUCUGCCAAUUCAUACGAUGGACAUCGGUGUAUUGUGGGAUAAUGAUAAGAUGUUACCCAUGCGGACCGUUGGAGCUGGUUCUCAGGAGCAUGCCAGUCUCAUUGUGGAUGUCAGGAGACGUGCUAUAACUGUCAGCUUCCAGCUACCGAUAUUCAACGCACGUCAGAAGGACCUUUCGAACGGGCGCCUUCAUGACUAUCGUCUCAAAAUCCCUUUUUCGCAGUUGACUCGCAUCUCUCAGAUCCAAGAUUCCCCUUCAGAUCCCAUAUCCCAUGCCUUCACCCUUGACACUCCGCCUGUCUACCACCGCAAGAUUAGAAACAUUGGAUCAUCAUUUGUGGACGCUGAUAACAGUUGGAGGGAUGCCGAUACAUGGUACCGCCAGACAGACAUUGUCCGUACCCCAGAAGAAUUGGCGCCUCUUCCAGUCUGUCUGCGCAAAGCAAAGCCAUUGAUCGAUAUCGGUAAAUGGACCACGUUCCGGAUCACGUAUCCCAGAGAUGUCGAUGACAAGGGCCAGUUCACAAUGCUCUGCGAUAUGCUAAGAGAUUUCAAUGUUAUUAUCGAGUCCGACAGUAACUUUUCUCUUCAGCGUCCCGAGACAGCAGCAAUCGUCCGCAUAUGGAAAUGGAUCGAUCCGCCUGAUAACCGUCAAUCAAAGCAGUCAUCUUCGUUAGAAUACUUGGUCGAAGAUGACUAUGUCCCUCUUCCUUUUUCGGUGAGAUACCAGUUGGAAGUCUGCCUUUCUCACGGCUACAUCAGCGAAUUCAGAGCCAAGAAGGAGUUCAUCGACAAACUUGCAGCUAUGGACGAGGCUAAGGCGAGACGACUACUGGAGCAUGUGUCGACAGAGAAAAUAGUGUAUCAUGACCCGAUGGAAAUAUUCAAUAUAAAGUUUGUGAAAGGUGUUACGAAAACUAGGCUCCCUUCCUACUGCUGUUACAUGCGCUCUGCCAAGGUGACCCCUAGCACGGUCUACUACAACACUCCCUCUGUCGAUAUCACAAAUCGUGUUAUACGUCACUAUAUUGAACAUGCCGAUCGAUUCCUCCGGGUCCGAUUCACGGAUGAGAAACUGCAAGGAAGGAUCAACUCUACGGAGAAUAACACGAUGGACGAGGUGUUUACCAGGAUCAAGAGAACGAUGGCGAACGGCAUCACUAUAGGUGAUCGGCACUACGAAUUCCUUGCAUUUGGCAAUUCACAGUUUCGUGAACAUGGUGCUUACUUCUUCGCUCCUUUGCCCAACUUAACAGCCUCGAAUAUCCGUGCUUGGAUGGGUAGUUUCGGCAACAUCAGAAAUAUCGCCAAGCACGCUGCCAGGCUGGGACAAUGCUUCUCCACAACUCGGGCUGUGACGGGUUGUUCCGUUCAAGUAUGCGAGAUUGAAGACAUCGUCCGGAAUGGAUAUACUUUCUCUGACGGAGUCGGCCGGAUAUCCAAAUUCCUUGCUGAGAUGGCAAAGACCGAGUUGAAAAUAAAGACCCCUUCUGGGGACCCUCCUUCGGUAUUCCAAUUCCGCCUCGGAGGCUGUAAGGGUAUCUUGACCGUCUCCCCAGAAGCGCAGAGACAGGAAAUCCACAUUCGCAAGAGCCAAUACAAAUUCGCUGCCAUCCAUAACGGCUUGGAGAUCAUUCGCUGGUCUCAGUUCUGUAUGGCUACUUUGAACCGUCAAUUGAUUAUCGUUCUAUCAACACUUGGAAUACAAGAUCAAGUCUUUCUUGAAAAGAUGCGUGCCAUGCUUGGAAGCCUUGAUGAAGCUAUGACUAGCGAGUCCCACGCCAUUCGCCUACUACAGAAAUAUGUCGAUCCGAAUCAGAUGAGUUUGGUCGUCGGUAAGAUGGUUGAAGACGGUUUCCAGCAGGCUAAGGAACCUUUCGUCAUGUCACUUCUUGAGUUGUGGCGUGCCUGGCAGAUCAAAUAUCUCAAAGAAAAAGCGAAAAUUGCGAUCGAUAAGGGAGCCUGCUUGUUUGGAUGCAUGGAUGAUCUCGGUAUUCUGAAAGGCCACUUUGAGAAGGAUAUGCCAGACAAAGAUGCUUCAUACGAAGAGAAGCUAGCUGCACUUCCUGAAAUAUUUGUACAGGUAUCGCGUCCAGACCAAGGUGGGAGCUAUCAAGUCAUAGAGGGACCAUGUAUCCUUGCCCGCAAUCCCUCACUUCACCCCGGCGAUAUUCGUGUUGUCAAAGCUGUCAACGUGCCCCAAUUGAGAGAGCACAGGGACGUCAUUGUCAUGCCGCAGACUGGAGACCGCGAUAUAUCAAGUAUGUGCUCUGGCGGUGAUUUAGAUGGUGACGACUAUCUCGUGAUCUGGGAUCCAGAUCUACUUCCAGAGGAUUGGUUUCGUGCACCUAUGGAUUAUACAGCCACCAAAGCUGAUGAUUUGGAUCGUGAUGUCACCGUUAAUGAUAUCACUUCGUUCUUCGUCACAUACAUGAAGAACGAUCAUCUGCCACGUAUCGCACAAGCUCAUCUUGCCUUUGCAGAUCGCCUUGAGGGAGGUGUGAACGAAGAGAAGUGCAUACGUCUCGCGCAGUUGCACUCAGAUGCCGUAGAUUACAACAAAACUGGAGCGCCCGCUAGGAUGACUCGUAAUCUGACACCGAAAAUGUGGCCUCACUUUAUGGAGAAGAAGCAUCAGCCGAAGGAGAAGAUCUAUACCUCCAGGAAGAUCCUCGGUCAACUCUACGACAAUGUUGAUCGGGUCAAUUUCGUUCCUCAUCUGGAAAUGUCCUUUGACCAACGGAUCCUUGACUGUGAUAUUGAGCCUAGCGACGAUCUCAAACAGUUCGCCAAAGACCUUAAAGAUGAAUACGAUGCAUCCAUGCGCAGAAUUAUGGCGCAACACGAAAUCAAAACUGAAUUCGAGGUGUGGUCCACUUUUGUUCUCAGUCAUGCGAACAUGAGUAAAGACUACAAAUUCCACGAAGAGCUAGGUGCAUUGUCUUCUUCUCUCCGAGAACGUUUCCGAAACGCAUGCUACGAAAAGGUUGGCGGACGGACAUUCGAGCUGCUAAGCCCCUUAGCAGUAGCAAUGUAUAAAGUUACACACGAUGAUAUGGUCACUGCGUUGAAUAAAUAUCGUGAGAAGGAUGUGCACGAUGGAUUGCAAUUUCACCGAGAAGUUCCAGAACUGAAUAAGCUUCCCUUUAUCAGCUUCCCAUGGGUACUUUCAACCAUCUUGGGUAAGAUUGCAAUGGGUGAUUAUGAGCAAACUAUCAACCGCGAGCACGACAUCCAUGGGAAAGGGCCUGUAUCCCAGAAAUAUCGUGGUCGCGCUACUGGAAUUCUAAUUGAUGACAGCAUACGGACCGAUGUUGAAACUGUGCAGGGUAUUCAGCCUUCAGGUCAGCUCUUGGAAUUAUUCCAGCAUGAUCCGUUCUCGAACAACAUUACACACGACGUUCACUCCGCGCGUCAAGAUAUGACAGAGAAUAGCAGUAGUAUCGACUCACUGGACGACCUGCUUGACUUCGGCCUGUCGGAGUCGUCCCACGCGAGGUUCAUUUCUUCUGCGUCUACUGCGCCUGUGUGCCUUGAAGCCGACUUCGACUUGCUCGAUCUCGACGAUAAACCUGAGAAGAAAUCACUUGACGAAAGUCAUCCCGCGUACCAUGACGUGAACGAGAACUCAAUUGGACAGCUGUCGGUGCACGAAUCGGCCAAUAGCACUAUGGAAGAAGACAAUGUGGAGGAAGUCUUCGACAUUGUUGAACAAGAUGGUGAUGUGAAACCGAGCCCAUUGGAUAUUCUCAACCAGCUUCUAAAUGGGUCGGUGGAUAACUGAGGCGGAUUUCAAACGCUUGACACUAUCUUUUAUUAGUUUUUCUCUCUUUGUGACCUAGGGCUUUCUUCCUGUCCCCUUGCAGACAAGGGAUUAGUUAACUCGUCCAUAGAAGUCAAUUGCAGCAAUUCUAAUGGG